AUGUCUAGCGAAGGGAGUGUGGCAGGCGCGGUGUGCGUUCUGGACGGUGAAUCUCGGUUGAACCUGCAACAGAUUCUGCAGGCGUUCAACUCGAACGUAAGCGAAGAGCACGCCUGGGCCUUGUGCUACCAAGCUGCUCGUUGCUUUCAACGCUGCUUAAAUGAUGCAGCCGCCCCCGCCUGCUACCUGCCCACGCAGCCCGCACAUUUGCUGCUGCACAAGGACGGCACUGUGCAUCCAGAUACACUCCUACAUCCAGGAGAUGACACCAGAAGACAACGGGUCAAAUCUGAAUAUGAGUUGGUUGUGAACUUGGGUCUCGUGGUGUACCGAGCUUUGGACUACACGCACGGAGAAGAUGAGGAGCGCCUCAUCUCGCCGGAUCUAGAGGCUCUCAUCACUGACAUGACCAUCUCAAAUGGGACUAUCACUGAUGAUGAUGAAGAGUGUGGUUUGUCGGAGUCACUUGGUGGUGAUGGUGGAGCGGAAGGGGUGGGUGUGGGAGUCGGAGGAGGUGCGGCUGCGGGAGGAGGAGACACAGAUGAUGAAGGAAUCGAGCGUGACUCGGAGCCACCCCGCUUGCAUAUCACACCGACGCAUAGAUUGUUCCUACUCGACGAUGUUAUUCAGCGAUGUGUCUGGCACUGUGGGGUCUGGCGGGGGAGGAGCGGACGGCCGGGCUGCGGCGGGAGCGGAGCGCGCGAAGCGGCGGCCGCGCACUACAGGGCUGUGUGCCGGGCGCUGGUCGCCGAGGCGCUGGAACUGGCUUCGUUCCUUGCUCGUGUCCGCGUCACCGCCGCUAGAGACCUUGGUGCAGCGGAGGACUCCGCAGCACAUCUUGACACGCUGCAAUUUUCGGACUGGGCGCGGUUUUGGAUGCAAGUGAUCGGCGAGCUUCGUAUGGGCGUGAAACUGAAGAAGGUCAGCCAUUCGAGAACACCUAUUGAAUAUGAGCUGACUCCGUACGAAAUCCUGAUGGACGACAUUCGCUCACGACGGUACAAGCUGCGCAAAGUUGACUCAGCCAUACCACACAAUGUAAAGAAGGACGCACACGCAAUGAUCUUAGAAUUCAUCAGAAGUAGACCACCGCUCAAAAAGGCGUCAGAACGAAAACUAGCGCCUGCUCGACGAGAAACAACGCCACGAGAACAACUCCUACGCUCCAUCCAGCAGGGUCGACCGCUGCGGCCUACGCCCUACUCGCGCCGGUUCGCGACAAAUGGCGCGGGCGGCGUGAGUGGUGGGGUGGGAGGGGUAGCCACAGGAGUGGGGGUAGGCACCACUGGAAGCGGUGACGUCACCCCUAGGGCACCACCGCAGCGGAGGCUUAUCAAAGUUGACUUCGAUAAUCUCGAGGAUGAUGAGGAUGACGAAGACACAGAAACCUGUGGUUCUCCCAACGACCGCCCUCUGCCGGCCCCACGGAUUCACUACCACCAUCAACAGCAACAAACCGCGCCUAAACCAUGGAAAAGGACAGCCUACGAUCUGGCUACGCAGUGUCCAUCCCGACGUGCCUCGAUGCGAAGGCAUACAGUGGCACACGCGCUCAGUCCAGGCGCUGAGGGUGCUGGUGGAACGGGCAGGGCACCAAGUGGCGCACAAUCUCUUCCUCAUUCGCGACCCGAGUCCCGUGGAUCAUGUGCAGGAGCUGGAUCACUAGGAGGUGCUAGUGAUGAAGCAGAUCUGUCUUGGUCGCGUUCCUCAUUGCAGGACGAUCUCAUUAAAUCGAAGCAGUGGCAGGAGGCAAUUCUUAGCGAAGAACGACUAUCACUAACGCUCGAGGAGAUCGUACAUAUCCGGUCGGUGCUUACAAAAGCCGAGCUUGAGGUACUACCGGUGGAAGGGCGCGUCAAGGAAGACGUUGAGAAGCAACGGGUUUGCUUCCUCUGUCUGAAGACCAGAUUUGGCAUGUUCGGUCCCUGGGGUCAAAAAUGUAAAUUGUGUAAGAAGACUGUGUGUCGGAAAUGUUGUUCAAAGAUGCGUAUACCGACGGAGCAUUUCGCGCACGUGCCUGUGGUGCUUCUGAGUCCGUCGCUGCUGCCUUCACCAGAUGAAGAGCGCGCACCGGCGCCUCCGCCCUCCUUCCCAAGAUCCUUGGUAACGCGCCUCGGUUCAGACACUAACACCGUGGGCGCGGAAAACAGCGUGGGAAGUGCACCAAGUAGCCCGGCGGCGGUGCGGCGAAGUACAGGAGGACACUCCUCUGCGCCGUCCUCGCGCGGAACCUCUGCACUCGGCUUCUGUGAGCCUCUGUCACUGCCCCCCACAGCAGGGUUCACUAGUGGGAACGCAGCGGAAAGACUACGAGGUGUGCAGAUGGCGGUGUGUUUAGACUGUAAAGCGAUGGUGCUACAGAUAAUUAAAUCGUCGCGAGCAUGUCGCUCUGCCUCAAGAGACCGGGCACUCCGCCACCUGACACUUGACCUGGCACCAGUCUACGCUCCACAUCCACCUUGCUAA